AUGACCCUGAGCACGGAGAUGUCCGAUGCCUCCGGCCUCGCCGAGGAGACAGACAUCGACGUGGUGGGGGAGGGCGAGGACGAGGACGACGAGGAAGAGGAGGACGACGAGGAGGGCGGCGGCGGCGGGCACCGCCUGGCUGUCCCCGCGCGGCAGCGGCGGCGGCGGCGCUCGUACGCCGGGGAAGACGAGCUGGAGGACCUGGAGGAGGAGGACGACGACGAUGACAUCCUGCUGGCUCCGCGGACCGGGGGCUCCCCGGCGCCCCCGGGUCCAGCCCCGGGGGCGGGGGCCGGGGACGGUGGCGGCAGCGGCGCGGCAGCGGGCGGCGGCGGCGUGGGCGCGGGCGGCGGCGCCAAGAACCCGCUGGUGAAGCCGCCCUACUCGUACAUCGCGCUCAUCACCAUGGCCAUCCUGCAGAGCCCCAAGAAGCGGCUGACGCUGAGCGAGAUCUGCGAGUUCAUCAGCGGCCGCUUCCCGUACUACCGGGAGAAGUUCCCCGCCUGGCAGAACAGCAUCCGCCACAACCUCUCGCUCAACGACUGCUUCGUCAAGAUCCCCCGCGAGCCCGGCAACCCCGGCAAAGGCAACUACUGGACGCUCGACCCCGAGUCCGCCGACAUGUUCGACAACGGCAGCUUCCUGCGCCGGAGGAAGCGCUUCAAGCGGCAGCCGCUGCUCCCACCCAACGCCGCCGCCGCCGAGUCGCUGCUGCUGCGCGGCGCGGGGGGCGCGGGGGGCGCGGGGGACCCGGCCGCCGCCGCCGCCGCGGCGCUCUUCCCGCCCGCGCCCCCGCCGCCCCCGCACGCCUACGGCUACGGCCCCUACGGCUGCGGCUACGGCCUGCAACUGCCGCCCUACGCGCCGCCCUCGGCCCUCUUCGCCGCCGCCGCCGCCGCCGCCGCCGCCUUCCACCCGCACUCGCCUCCACCGCCCCCGCCACCGCCACCGCCGCCGCCGCCGCCGCCCCACGGCGCGGCCGCCGAGCUGGCCCGGACCGCCUUCGGCUACCGGCCGCACCCGCUCGGCGCCGCCCUGCCCGGCCCCCUGCAGGCCUCGGCGGCCAAGGCGGGCGGCCCGGGCGCCUCGGCGCUGGCGCGCUCGCCCUUCUCCAUUGAGAGCAUCAUCGGGGGCAGCCUGGGCCCGGCCGCCGCCGCCGCCGCCGCCGCGCAGGCCGCCGUGGCCGUGCAGGCCUCGCCCUCCCCAUCUCCCGGGACGCCGUCCGCGCCCGGGGCGGGCGGCGGCGACGGCGGCGGCGGCGGCGGCUGUGCGGCUCAGGCGGCCGUGGGCCCGGCCGCCGCGCUCACCCGCUCGCUCGUGGCCGCCGCCGCCGCCGCCGCCUCCUCCGUCUCCUCGUCGGCCGCCCUGGGGACUCUGCACCAAGGGACGGCCCUGUCCAGUGUCGAGAACUUUACUGCUAGGAUCUCAAAUUGUUAA